AUAGGCGCCACCCAAGUAAUACAUAGUAAUAAUAUAAAGCAAGUGCCUCAUUUAUGUUCGUCUAAAUGCUGAACAAGGAAUAUUUGACUGACCAAAAUGGCAGGAAAGGGCAGAGGUAUCGCAGCAUUCACCUUUAACAUUGAGGCCCUGGGCCUCACCAGAGGGUCCAUGCCUGAAACCCAGGGAGGGCCGACUCCACUCUUCCCAUAUCUUUUACAGAACAUUGAAUAUAAACCAGGGCCUUUGAAAGCUGGAGAAGAUGAAGACUACAUGAGAGCUUUGAAACAAGAGAUGAGAGGACGAAUGAAAGACCUCCCUUUUAACAUAAAACCCCACUCAGGAAAGGGAGAUGUGGAGAGGUACAAGGAAAAAUACACAAAGGAAAUUAACAAAAUUGAAGAUGAAGAUUGGAAACCAGAUUGGAACCGUCUACCAAAGGAGCUGAAGCCACAGAAGAAGACAAUUAAGAAGAAAAAAGAUUAUAAGAAAUUCCCAAAGAUCUCAAGUAAGGACAAGAAGGAAGUGCUGAGUAAACUGGAUGAACUUGAGAAGAAGGGAGACGUAAAAUCAGAUGAGGAUGAGGAGAAGGGAGAGAAGAAAGAUGGUGAGGAAGGGGAGGAGGAAGAAGAAAUUGAAGGAGACUAUGAUGAUGAAGAGCUUGAAGAGGAAAACGAUUACAUAGCAAAUUACUUUGAAGAUGGUGAUGAUUAUGGGGGAGGAAGUGAUGACAACAUGGAUGAAGCCACUUACUAGCAAUAAUAAUAAUAAAAAAAUAGCACUCAUUAAAAAAGUAUCAUAAAAGAUAAUUAAAGUGUAUUAAUAUACACAUACUAUAUAAAAACACAAAUUUAGCUGAUACACUUCAUGUCUUCCAAGAGCACGGUGCUUUGUAGGAAUAAAAAUGAGAUUCACUGAGUUAUAUA